AUGGCGAUGCUCUGGGUGGACAAACAUCGCCCGAAGACGCUGGAGGAGUUGGACUACCACAGCGGCCUCAAUGAGCGCCUGAAGCGCAUCGCUGGCAGCGGGGAGAUGCCCCACCUCCUGAUAUGCGGACCCAGCGGCGCCGGCAAAUCGACACGUGUCCAUGCCCUGCUCAACGCCCUCUACGGCCCAGGUGUAGAGACGGUGAAGGUGGAGACAAAAACAGUGGCUCCAAACCCCAACACGCCCUCGAACACGGUGGACAUCCAGGUGUUGUCUUCUACCCAUGUGCACCUUGAUCAGUCGCAUGCUUCCUCUUGUGGAAGAUUGUUGCGCCGAUCCAUGGCCAGCAUCUCGUUCAAGUGCAGCUUGUGUUGCUUGGCGGUCGCAGGCCUCGUCGGCCUGUCUGCGGUGAUCUGGUUUGGAUUCCUUUGUCAAGGCGAUGAAUGCAACAUUGUCUUCUUCUGGCAGUUCCUGCUUUCGCCGCAGCUUCCACUGAUCCAUCAUUACCGCUCGCGCAGCUAUGAAGAUUUCAUGUUCAAGUUCACUGGAAGUGGAUGGGACCGCAAUUUUCAGGCGGGAGAGAUCGGCAUAGAUGUAGGUCGAAACGAGACACGGGAGGAUUUGUCAAAGAAGGCCUUCCGGAUCAGGGACAAGACAGGGUAUCGCGACACGACUGCUCUGAGACUCGUUCCAAAGCUUGCUGAAAUCUCCAAUCUUAGUAUUCCGAAGCGGCUGAGCCGCUUCCAUGCCAGGGGACACUGCGUCAUGGGGUUUGCAAAGCCGAACCAGACGGAGUGCAGGCAGUUCUUUUUGGUGGCUAUCGUCAGGGUGGUGGAGCGUGAGGAGGUCUAUAUCGAGCAAUGGAUCAACUUGCACAGUGCUGUGGGUGUGGAUCAUUUUGUAGUACUUUCCGCUAACACAACAUUGCUGCAUGCGGCCUUGCAGCCGUUCGUUCAGGCUGAAAUCGUAGAUGAAAGGCUUUUUGUUGAGGGACCCUACAAGCAAAAUGCUAUCGCGAAUUUGGGACUGUCCUGCUUUUGGAUGAUUUUCAUUGACUUGGAUGAGUACAUAUUGCCACCGCCCCCGCAUGAAAGCUUGAAGGACUUCCUGCUGCCCCUGACAACGGUCCGUCCAGACCGCCGAAGCCCCAAGCAGAUCAUGGUCUUCUACAAAUACUUUGGAUCCAAUGGCUGGGUGAAGAGGCCCAAGGUCCCUGAUAUUGAGGCCUACACCGAUCGUGACCGACCACUGCAAGUCAAUGGCAAAAGCCUAGAGUUGAUUGACGCCAUCAACGUGUCAGACCCAUUCACUGGAUAUCCACACAGAUCCAGCUUACUGCAAGAGUUUCGCCACGACUCGGCCACCUCGAUUCUGAUAUUCAACUCGUGGAUUCUCUGGGUUGAUACCAUGUGGCAUCCCGUCAUAUGCCCCCGCGACGAGCUCACUUGGCCAGCCGGCGGGGACGUUAGCUUAGCAAACAUCGUGCUGGGCAUCUGUAGUCUUGCUGCUCUUCUUUGUCUCUGCAGCUGUUCGAGGCUCAGCUGA